AUGCCGCAGCCCCUCACCCCACUUUUGGGGGACAGGCUUCUGCGGGCUCCCCCUCUCCGUUGCUGUCGGGAGGAGUCGGACACCCGGUACCGGCGGGAUUGGCUGCGGUUCCGUGACGCGGAGGGGUGGAACCGCAUUACCACCGGGAUGAGCGCGGCCGAGGGCCGGCCCCGGUGCCGGUGGGGCGGCGGCGGCGAGGCGGUGCUCCGUGCCCGUGCUGAGGCCGCCGGUUACCGGAGGCUGCUGCGAGCCCGAGCCGCCGAGGUGGAGGCGUUGCGGGGGGCGGUGGGCGCGUUACACCGGCAGCUGGAGGGGCUGCGGGACCGGCGGAGCGGGGAGCUGGCCAAGUACCAGGAGCGGGUGGCGGAGCUGGAGCGGGAGAUCGGGGCGGCGGAGGCGGAGAUGGCCCGGUGCCUGCGGGAGUACCCGGCACUGCUGCGGCUGCGGAUGGCGCUGGAGGCGGAGAUCGCCGCGUACCGGGAGAUGCUGGAGAGCGAGGAGCUCCGCCUGGGCGGCUUGGCCCCGCCGUGAGCGGACCCUCGGAGCCCCGGUCCCACCACCGGACCCCGGCCCUGCCGUUACCACCGGACCAACGGUCCCGGGACCGGAUCCUCAGCCCCACCACCGGACCCCGGUUCCUCCGCCGGACCCCAGACCCCCGAUUCCUGCACCCCGGGCCACGGUUCCCUGGGACCCUCGGGACCUCUCUGGACUCACGGAGCCCCGGUCCUUCUGUCCCCCCAUUCCACGGGUCCCCCGGAUUUGUGCCCGCCUGCCCCGGGAGCCCCGGGAGGGCAGCGCCCGUGGGGACACGCACUCACCAGCCUCUCCGGGGAGGGGGUCCCGGCCCAGACCCGUGUGGAAGCACCUCAAUAAAGCCCCGUGGCAUCUCU